GUGAAUCAACAAAAGGAAGAAAACGAUUGCGGUGGCAAAAAUAAAAAUAUUACCUAUAGUCAAUUUUUAAAGUGGAAAUAACAUAUUCAUUAGUUAAAUAAUCUAUUUUUAUUCGAAUUAAUUAUAAAAAAUGCCUCGCAAACCGUGUUACUGGACACGAAAACUGGAAUUAGAUUUGAUUGAUUUUGUUCGCCAAAGAGAUUACAUAUGGCGGCCUGCUGGGAACACGAAUCAUCAUAUUCAACAAAAAUACAAAGCUUACGCUGAAUUUGCAGCGAUAUUAGGACGUGGAUUUACAGCUCGUUCUGUUAGAGAUCGCUGGGUGAACAUUAGGAGUACCUUCAACCACAACCAUAGAAGAGUUGAACGAUCCAAGCUUAAAGCAAAAACUGCUUCGGACAUAUAUGUCCCAUGCUGGCCGCUGUGGAAGCCAUUACAGUUUCUCAAAGACGUUUGCAAGAAAGAAGAUGGAAAUUUUGAGUUCUAUGAGCCGACAUCCAGUGAAAUGAAACAGUUGACGGAGAACAUAAAUGUUAAAGAGGAACAACAACCUGAAUUUGAGAACGAAAUGGUUCUCAAUAUACGUCAGCGAAGCCAACGAACAGACAGACCUCGGCACAAAAUAAGAAUACCUCAUAAAUCAAGUAGAAAAACUAAAUGUAAACAAGUAAUCGAUGACCUUCUGUUGGCUAUGAAGCCUCUUGCAUCUGAUCCAUUGCUGGAACAAAACUACUGGUUCUUUGGGAAGCAUGUGACAGAACAACUGAACAGUAUGAGAAGAAUUAAUGCUGAGAGCGCUGCUGUUGAAAUAGUAAAUCUCUUAAAUGAAUGGCAACCCGAUUAGCACAGUAAGGACUAGUGGCUUGGUUACAGCUACAUAUAAUUCGUUCCUCAUGAUCCAUCAUUCAUCUGUAUCUUGAGGAGCAGCUGAUCAAUCUAGCUAGAUUGUUGACAGGAUCACAGGCGUGGUCAAAUCCAAAUUCUAAAUUUUUGUUGGUCGGGUCUGGUUCAUCCAAGAUAUUGUCUCGGCUUUUGUAUAUUCUGAAGUUGGUCAGUCCCUGUACAAUAUGAAUAUUCUGCUCAUUCGUGAAGUUGGAUGAGAAAAUAGAAUAAUUGAUUUUGGAAACAUAUUCGUUUGUAUAAAUAAAGUUUCGUCAAUUUAAUUAUUUGACUGAACAGAAUGAUCAGGUUUCUGUGUCAGUUUUAUUGUCAUAUUUUGUAAGUGUCUUGUUGUUUAGUGACAGACAAUUGUUUGGUAAAAAAAGGUCAAUUAAAGUCUUGGUUACUAUUGUUAAAAGAAAGUUCUAAUUUCUUGUAUCCUCUUGCAUAGUGUUAAAUGCUCUUCUGCAUGAGUUUUCAUUUGGUAUAUGAUUCAUCUUCUCAUUUUAAUUUACAUAUAGUUGGCCACUAUCUUUAAAUAUUAUUUUAUCUACAAUAUUCAUCAGAGGUGGUGAGUAUUACCUGUAAAGGAAACAAAUUAAAAUAAACAAACAUCAAGUAUAAUAGUAAUAUUGUAAGAGAAGGUGUCGCGGAGAACC